GACCCCUCUUCCUAAAGUUGCCCCUCUUUCCCGCUAUUGAUCAUUCAGAUUCCUCUGACGUCGAGGGUAGGUGUGAGAAUUCUCUUCCAGAUAAAGGCAUUCGAGGAGUGUUAACUAUGGCUCAUCCAGAGUGUGUGUGUGAAAAUUCACCAAUGCACAGAGGGCCGCUGAGAAUGAUCAUUAAAGACGUCUGUUGCCGGCGGCGCUCGGUGCGUGCGGUUCAGAGGUUGGCCCCGUUACUUCUGGACCCUCUCAGUCUACACAGAGAGGCAGGUGUAGGGUCAAGAGGAUAACUGACUGACAAAUGCAAGAACCCUGCUUUGACACAUAAGGAGGCCAAGCUCAUGGGAGAUAAAAUGGAAGCAAUUUUGCUGCUGCUCAUGUUCUUCACAUUACCUGGAUAUUCAUACGUAUUGCAGCCAAAUUCAGCCAUGACACAGACCACUGGGCUGGACAGAGACCACCAGUCUGAGUUGAGGGGUAUUUUUAUAUCGGCAGUGGAGAGGGGAAAGAGGGAAGAGAGGAGUGAAGGAGUGAGUCUAGAGACGAGCCCCGUGAGGACGCCUGUCAGGAGGGAAAUGACUGUGGUGGAGAGAGGUGGAGAUGGGCUGAAAACGGACAGAAAUCAAGGAUAUGAGAACGGAAUCAACGAGAGGCAGACUGCCUCAAACACAAAAAACUGGUUAAAAGUCAAAAGUCAUAACACGGGGACACAAGAAGAAGAAAAAUCUGAUGAAACAGAUGUGAAAUUUAAGCAAAUGGAGAAGCUGAGACAAGAAAUAGUGGAAGAGGAGAGAGCAAGCAAGCUGGUUGCAGGGAUAAGUGUUUAUGAUGUGGCAAGAGGAGACGCUCGUAAGGAUGAAAAGAUAAUUACAGCAGAGACAAGAGGAAACAAGGAAAGAGAGGAACAGGGGAAGGACGUUAAAAAUGCAAAGAAUAAUGAAUUGAAGGAAAGAAAAAGGGAAGAUUACAUACUAGUUCCUCUGUUAAGAACAGCCCCUGCACAAGUGGAAUCAGUGUUUGCAGCAAUUAACACUCUGACUCAAAUUCCUCCUCAUCGUAAUCAUCAUAAUCUCUCUCCACUAGUUCCAGUUAUACAAGCUCCUCCACUCUCUUCUCUUCCUCCCACCCCUUACGCAAAAGUUAGUCCUCCUGUAGACUUUAUUCACAACCCUUCAGUCUCAACAGUGGUUCCUGGUGAGGUGAGGUCUGUCUCGCCGGUGGAAGAGCUGAGAACUCCUGGAUAUCAUCUUAAGCAGAAUCUUGAAGUGAAGGCUGGUCCAGAUGUAGAGGAUGAAACGGACCGGUGGCUGGAACCUGCACAGAAGGAAGCACAAGAAAUAAACACUGUGGUUCAACCAGAGAGUGAAAUUACCCCCAGUGUGCAAGAAGCAACACUGAAACCGAAAGAAGCAGAGUUUAUAACCAAAGAUUUAAGCACAAAAGAACAGAAUCAUCCACCAAAUUCACAUGAAAACAUAUCCACAGCUAAACUGGUCAAUUUUACACACAGACCAAACAUGACACAGCCCACAGGCAAACCAGGAUCAGAUAAACUGAUGGAAAAUGACACCAAACUUGCAGUGAAGCAAAAUAAAUCGUCUCUUUCCAGACCGCGAGUGACCGAACCUUCUGCCAGACCACGGCUGGCAACGGCCAAGACACCUUCAACGAGGCCAACGAAAAUCAACAGAAGCAGCAAAAAUAAAACGGGUAGAAAGUCCAAGGACAAGAAAAGAAAAAAGGACAAUAAAACCAAUAAAAAACCAUCUGAGAGGAAGAAGGAGGUCACAGCACCAACACACUUUCCUUACUUUUUAGAUAACUACUGUCCUCCUGAGUGUGCCUGCUAUGGAAGAGUGGUUCAGUGCUCAGACAAAGGUGUGGACAAAGUUCCUUAUGGCAUUCCCUAUAAUGCCCGCUACAUCCUCCUCAUGAAUAACCACAUCGACAGCAUCCAGUUGGACCUGCUCAACGAAUACGUCUCGAUGGAGUUUCUUGUGUUGAGCAACAAUCGGCUCACGGAUGGCUCCAUAGAAGGAGCCUUCGAGGGUAUCCCAGCUCUGAAACGCCUCUAUCUGGAUAGGAACCUCCUAGAAAGCGUUCCAACUGACCUUCCAUUUUCUCUUGAGGAGCUCCGUCUGGACAAUAACCAUAUUGGUGUGAUGUCUGAGGCCGCCUGGGCCCGGUGCCCUGGCCUCUUGGUUCUGAGCCUCAGCAACAACAGCCUGGGGAAUGGAUCUGAAUCUCUUCCUAAUGCAGUGCUCUCUCCUCUGUGCAACCUGCGCACUCUCAACCUGAAUCACAACCAGCUAACAUUAGUCCCACUGGGUUUACCGCUGUCCAUCAAGGAGCUGCAUCUCAAAGGGAAUCUCAUUGCGCAGUUUCGCAGAGGUGCCUUCGAUGGAAUAUCAGAGCUGGUGGUGUUAGAUCUGAGUGCAAACAGAUUGACAAACAAAGGUUUUCUCAGGGAGUCCCUCCUAAACACAACUCACUUGGAAAGCCUCAACCUGGAAGGGAACAGACUCAAGCAAGUGCCACGACAUCUUCCCCGCUCACUAAAAACUCUGAACCUGGAGGGAAACCUCAUAUCUUCCAUAAAGAAAGCAGCUUUCAGCACCGUGAGAAACUUGGAACACCUUGGCUUGGCUCGGAACAAGAUCUUCAAAGUCGCAUUAGGUGCUUUCAGGAUGUUAGCUGUCCUGCACCAGUUAGACCUGUGCCACAACACCUUGCGCCAAGUGCCCAGACAGCUGCCGCAAGGUUUGCACUCAGUCUCACUGACACACAACAAGAUUCAGUCUGUGCCCCGUGACGCUUUCUGCUGGGGUAAUACAAGUCUCAGUCUCAGCAGGCUUGUUCAAGUGCAGUUGGAACACAAUUUAAUGGACAUGGGCAAGUUGGAUGCACAGGCUUUUAGAUGUUUACGGGGAUUCCAGGUGGUGCACUUCUACUGAGCAGCUGACAGAUAUAAGAUACAAGAGGGGAUUAUUAAAAAACUUUGAUUGACAAUAGCCUUUUUGGUUUCCAUUUGUUGCAUUCAUUAAAAAAAUACUUGAAACUUAAAUUAAAUGGUUAGUAAUAAACACACUUAAAUUUGACAGUCCGCAUAAACAUUCAUGUCUAAACAAGCUUUGUUAGUUGAUGCUUUCUAAAGCUGAAAAAUAAAGACACCUCUCUGAGUGAAAUUUUCUGUGUUUAAGCUUUUAUCCUGAAAACAAAAUGAUUUUGAGAAUGAGCCUCCAAAAAAAUGGCCGUUUAUUUACAAUUUAUUGUCAGUAAAGUGCACCUGGCCUGUGAAUUGAAGUGUUUCAAAGCUCCUGUUUCAGGAUCAAGAGAGGCUUCUGGUGUGGGAACCUCGGAUUUCACUGGGCCUCAAGCUGGAAUUAUAUGUUUUAAUAUUCCCCCAUAUAAUGUCUGAUUUCUGUGAAAAGUUUCUGAGUUAUAUAUAUUAUGAAUAUAGCACAGGUUAUACUCAUCAGUGAGCAAUCAGCAUGAGAGAUGAUAGAAUCCUUUUGUGUUCAUAUGUUUACAAUGUAGGAAAUAUAUCAAAUACAGGCGUAAAAUAGAAAAACAGAUGGAUGCAUACUGUUGAUUAGUUUGUUUGAAAUUCAUCCCAGUCCCAUAUAUUCUUGAGUUUUUAUGCUCUAAAACAUUUAAGAUAGAUUUAAACGUUCAUCACAAGAUAAUCUGUGAGCAAAAGAUGCAGAAUGUGAAUGUGUUGUUAACAAAAGUAUCCACUAGAUGGCAGUAAUGUAUAGGGACAUAGUCAUGAGACCUUUGUAAAAUGAGAACUUGAGUUUGACUCAUUUCCAGUCAGCAAAUAUAAAGUUCUAUCAAAUAAAAUACAUAUGCUUCAGGAA